CCAAUCAGAACCACGCCUGGCUGUAACGGGCGGGGCUUCCUGCUGGUACCAUGUUUGAGAUGUCUCCUUAACAACCGAUGCAAGAGUCAAACAGGAGAAGUUUUCUUCGGACAAACGUUUGGAGUCGGAAUGGCUGGGACUGGUGAGGGGAAGAAGGAAGAGGCCGACUACAAGAGACUGCACAGCUUCCCUCUCAUCAGACACACAGACAUGCCAGAGGAAAUGAGGGUUGAGACCAUGGAGUUGUGUGUAACAGCCUGUGAAAAGUUUGCUACCAAUAACGAAAGUGCGGCUAAGAUGAUAAAGGAGUCCAUGGAUAAGAAGUUUGGCAGCUCGUGGCACGUGGUGAUUGGCGAGGGCUUCGGCUUCGAGGUCACACAUGAAGUGAAGAACCUGCUUUACAUGUUUUUUGGUGGGAGCCUGGCUGUCUGCGUGUGGAAGUGCUCUUAGCGGCCCUCUCCCCUGCGUGCCCUUUGCCCCGCCGACGCGCUCACCGCGCUGGGAAUCGACGGCGGCCCGGACGCCGGCUCCGUUUCAGUUCGUCCGAGCUACCAGCCACUGUGGCAGAGAAAGGAAGUGCUUGUUCGUAAAUAAAAGGCCGAUAGAUGGGAAUUCACCUUCCAGACUCUGACUGCCACUUUGGUCUGAUACAGAUAAAAAAAAAAAAGCUUCCUCCCUUUUUUGCCACUGUUAAUUUUUUAUUCUUUUUACCCUUCGUUUAAGCCAUCUUCUGUUCUUGAACGUCACGUUGAAUGCUUGCGAGCUUGCAUGUUCGAGUAAAUAAUAAAAAAAAAAGAAAAUACAGUUAGGGUCUCCAAAGUCCUUUAUCCUUCUUUUUUCUUCAGAGGAGUGCAAGUGUGUGAAUGACUGAUUUCCACGAUGGUGUGUGCUGGACACACAUUUUUUUCCGCCCCUGACGAACCUUAUAUCGCCAUCUUCCUCAUUAGCUUCGUGCACGUUUUUUCCGUCCACGUCGUCCAAAACGUUCCACACGUGUCUUUCUCUCUACAACGGCACUACUUUCAAUAAAUUUUGUAAGAUUUUUUUAUGUGUACAUAUUGUAAUGCAACUUGAGAGGCAUCGUUUUAAAGACCGGUGUUGUUUUUCUUACAACUAAGGGCUCAGAGUGUCCUGAGCCAAACAAACACUAAACCUAUUUCACUUUUCCUCCUUGCUGAGGUGUGUGUGUGUGUGUGUGGGUGUGGGUGUGGGCGUGUGUGUGUGUGUGAAAAGCCAGAUUGUGAUUGUCUUAUGUUGAUGCCAGUUAUGAUGAUCGAAUGCAAUGGAAACUUAUUUGUGAACCUACUUGAUUGUACAAUAAACUGAAACUUAGAGAAAUUA